CUCUUCUUCAGCCUCUUCUAUUUUCUGUGUUUUGUCUCUCCAUUUUCCCAUUGUUCGCUCUGUUCCUCCGUUUCGAUUCUUCUCAACCUAGGGUUAAACAGAUUAUGUUAAACAUGGAUAAACCUAAUCUACCAAAGGAGAGACGAAGUAUUGAGGUUACUGAAACACCAGAUGACAAACGACCAAAAAAAAAGCAAUGAUGGUAAACAUGACCAGCUUCCUGAUGUGGAACAUGACCAAUUUCCUAUAAGAAAUAUUAAGGUAAAGGUGCUGCUAUCUGAACAGGAAUUUGAGUUCAGAAACAUGGCUAGAACUGAGAUGGGUCUUGAUAAGUUAAUGGACAUGCUGAAGCCUAAUUUGAGAUUGAAGUUUAAUGACAUUAUAGACAUAAUGUGGUUUGUGGAUCCUUGUUUACCACACUCUUUGAUUAGGGAAGAUGAAUUUUGGUAUUUUUUGGAUCAUGCAGAAAAUGAUGAGAAUGGUUGGAGUGUGCUGCAUAUGCAAGUGAUUGUUAGAAUGAACUCAGAUGAUGAAUCUGAACUUAGCUAUGAUUCUGUUCCUCCCCAUGAGUACUUGAAUCCAAUUAAGCAUAAGGGUGUAACACAAAAAGAAAACAGUAUCCAUGAGAAAUGCACAUUCUAAUGGCAAUGUCAAUGCACCUGAUAGUUUAAGAAGAAGAAGCCCCCAGGCUAGCAUUGUUUAAGAAACAAACCGCAGGGAAAAGUAAAAAGAAGUAAUUUGAUGACAAGUAGAAUGCACACGUCGGUAAACAAAAUCUGUUACGUCUUCCAUUUUUAAUACCAAUUUGAGUAGUGUUUGUCUUUCUCUUAAACUUGUUUACUAUGCACUUAUAAAUGUCUCCAACAAGUUCUUCUUCUUCA